AUGAUAAUUCCAAUUUCAGCCAAUGUGUCCCGUUCCAUUAUAUGCUCGGCAACACAGCAUUCGCCGACGGAAGUAGAAGACUCUCCACGGAGUGCCCAUACCUGUAUGUCUAUAGGGAAUCCGAAAUCCAGAUGCGCAUCAGAUUCUGAUCAAUCUUCAUCCAUAGAACGAAGAGCAUGUCGCAUUUGCCAGUCUGAAAGUGGUGAGAUGGUACGACCGUGUGGAUGUGCUGGAACGAUGGGAGAUAUCCACGAAGUGUGCCUGUCCCGAUGGGUGGCGAUGUCGAACAAGGAUCAGUGCGAGAUUUGUCAAGAGAAAUAUGCUCGAAGUGGGAGAACAAUCAAACCUCUCAACAAAUGGGAAAGACCACGAAUUGGAUCUGAGGAGCUCUUAUCACUGAUAUUAAUAGGUGCGCUAUCAUACUCUAUGAUCUACAUGGUACGUCUAUGUGACGAACGAAUGUUCCUCGAGAGAAUGAGCUCACUACCUAUACGAUCAGAUGAUGUUGGUCGUGUAUUUGUAAUGAUAGUACUCGGCUCAACACUGCUCGCAUCAAUAUUCGCUGUAUUUCGUCAAAUGAAGAAAUACUUACUUAAACAAAUGGAAAUCAAAUUUGUCAACAAGACUUCAAACCAAAAAAAACGCCUCCUCGAAUAA